AUGGCUGAGCUCAAGUCGCUGGGCAGCGAGGCGUACCUGGCGCUGUCCCCGGGCUACGGACCCUCGGCUUUCGCCUACGGGGCCGUGCGCGGGGGCGCCGAGGGCCCGCGGGGCUCCUACGCGGGGGGCGGCGGAGCGGACUUCCACGCCGGGGCGAUGGGCAAGUCGGCGGAGAGCAGCGGCGAGCAGAGCGGAGACGAGGAGGACGGCUUCGAGACGGGCGUGAAGGGCGGCGCGGGCUUCGAGAGAGAGGGGAAGCUGAAGGGGGGAGCCCUGGGCAAGAAGCCCAAGGAGCAGCGCUCGCUGCGCCUCAGCAUCAACGCGCGGGAGCGGCGGAGGAUGCACGACCUGAACGACGCGCUGGACGGGCUGCGCUCCGUCAUCCCCUACGCGCACAGCCCCUCGGUGCGGAAACUCUCCAAAAUCGCCACGCUGCUCCUGGCCAAGAACUACAUCCUCAUGCAGGCGCAGGCCCUGGAGGAGAUGCGGCGGCUGGUGGCCUACCUGAACCAGGGCCAGGCGCUGAGCGCCCCGCUGCCCGCCACCCUCAACCCCUUCGGACAGUCGCCCGUGUACCCCUUCGGCGGCGCGGCCGUGCCCGGCUGCCCCGAGAAAUGCACUGCCUUCACAGGAGCCGCCUCCGCCCUCUGCAAACACUGUAACGACAAGCCUUGA